ACGAGAAAUCUGCCUAAAGAUCCUUACGGACAAAAUAAACUGUAACAGACACCUAUCGUUGUUCUACGAUUGCAACGUAAAUCACUGUAUUAUUAUAUUGUUUUUUCUUUUUCGUAAUGUCGUUAUAGUUAAAACACCGCGUAGUAUAAUUUGUGAAAGGAAAGAAUGAAUAAAGAAAGCACUUCGCCUGAAUAUACAAUUAUCACUCCGUCUAGAAACCAAUGUGUAUACACCAGCUGUUACUGUGAGGAGAAUGUGUGGAAAUUGUGUGAAUAUGUCAAGGAUCAGGGGACGUGCUCGUUGGACGAGGUCUAUGCAGUUUUUAUAUCUAACGAAAGAAAAAUGAUACCCAUUUGGAAACAAAAAGCCAGUCGAGGUGAUGAACCAGUCAUCUGGGAUUACCAUGUUGUUCUUCUACACACAAAUAAACAAGGACAGAGCUUUAUAUAUGAUCUAGACACCGUCCUUCCCUUCCCUUGUUCACUCGAUGUAUACUCAAAGGAGGCGUUUCAUUCUGACGAGCAUUUAAAACAUGCUUUCUGGAGGAAACUUCGUGUCAUACCAGGGGACACCUACUUGAAGAAGUUUGCUUCUGACCGUUCACACAUGAAGGAUUCUGACGGAAACUGGCGUAUGCCGCCUCCAGCAUAUCCUUGUUUAGAGACAUCAGAGACUAAAAUGAAUCUUGAUGACUUCAUCUGCAUGGAUGCCCGAGUGGGAUAUGGAGAGGUUUACAACCUUUCAGACUUUGUUCAACACUUUAGAGUGAAGUAACAAGUUUUUUUUUGCAUUAUGCCAACACCUUUGUGUUGAAAAAUGUACAUAAACAGAGCCUCAGGGAAAGACCCCAUUAGCAUGGACAGUACUGUGUCUAAGCAGGCCUCAAAAUACAUAUUUGUUGCCUGUGAAACUCUUUUUACUAAUAUUUCAGAUCCUACACCUUACAUUGUAAUUCAUAAUUACAGGUAGUCAGGUAGUAAAAUCACAAAGGACAGUCAGAAAUGCAGCUGUUGAUAAUAUACAUCCUUUUAUAAAGAAAUCAGUUAAACAGAUGUACAAAUAAUAAAAAUGCAGCAUUUAAACAAACAAACAACCAAACCGAAAUGGUAAACUGCGUAAGCAGUUGUAGUGCUGUAGUUUUUAAACAAUUGCUGCCAGGUAAUCCUUAACCUCAGCAGGUGACAGUCUGCGAAAUCCUGCUUCAUUACAGAUGCCCACCUCAAUAUUGUCCUCUGUCAUCUGCCCUUCAAAACUUUCCUGUAGGAAAAAAGAAAACGCCAUAUUAUGUUGUUGUUUUGAGCAAUCUGAUACAGGGAAGUUAUUUAGAGAUGAAUUAACCUUCAAAGUUAAGAUGGCGGUGUGAAUAGCAUCUUCAAGCUCCAGAUCUUCAUUAUAUCUGUAACAAAAUGAUACAAAGCCAUGCUGUAAAAAUUUAGCAAAAUCAUUUCCCUAUUUUUGAAUCUAACAAAAAAAUCUAUACACUACAACAAUUCAACCUGCAUAAGACGAUACGUUGAUGAUUUUAGUACCUUUUUUCAAGGAAUGUUUUUCCAUUCACAUAGUUCUUUCCCAUUGCUGUGGCUUUCCAGGCGAAGUAUGCUCCCUGUGGGAUAUCACGAUGACAGAUUGCAUGUUAAUAUAUUAUGAUGAAAAGAAUAAACAGUGAUGAAAAUGU